GCGAAAUGUUUCUUGAUGAAUCCCGUAUAUAGAAGUUUCGUUUUUAAUUAAUACAUGUAAAAAAUUAUCAAGAGAAGAUGAUACACUUAUCUCAUAGUCUCGUAAACAAUAUUUAAUUAUAUAUUUAUACAAUAUAUUGCGUCUUUAUAUUGAUGCAAAGUCAUGUUGAUAUAAUAUACUAGCUAAAGUGUUAUUUGUAUGGAUUAUUUGCGUUUAUUAUGCAUCCAUUAUCGCUACAAAAGGAAAAAAGAGGAGCAAAAAGAGAUGAACACGAUCCAUCUAAUAUGACCUCCGUUUCAUAUUUUUACAUAGUUACUGACAAGUGUAACUGCGUAUAAUGCGUAUAAUGAUAACAAGUAGAGUGGGACGAUACGAGACUUUAAAUUGGAUUGGUCUUCCACACCGUCGUCACUUGGUGUCGUGUGUUCGAAACUGUCAAGAUAGUCGUGAAUAGCCAACUUUUUUCUUUUUUCUUUUCUUUUUCUUAACAAGUUCAGUUUUCGAAAGAAAAUGGCUUCUGCGUUUUUGACGCUGGUUACGGGUGCGUUAUUAUUAUUGUGCUUCUACCUCUAUUUAAAAUACACGCAUUGGAAGAGAAAUGGGAUUCCGUGCAGUAAAGGAUGGUACCCGAUAAUCGGUCAUUUUCUACCCCUGAUAACCAAGAAACAAAGUUACAGUGAAGUGAUCGAACAGCUAUAUCACGAUUAUUCGAAUCACAGUAUGGUUGGAAUGUACAAAGGAACGAAACCAGUGUUGGUUCUUCGCGAUAUCGAGUUGAUUAAAACCGUGUUGCAAAGUAAUUUCUCGAAAUUCCACGAAAAUGCGGUUAAAAUCGAUCCAAAAUUGGACCCUUUGUUAGCGAAAAAUCCAUUUUUCUGUUACGGAGAAUUAUGGCAGACAGGGAGAAAACGUUUGACUUAUGCGUUUAGCAACGCGAGAUUAAAAAUCCUUUUUGCAGCCGUGAACGAAGUGUGUACAAAAUUUCAAAACUUUUUGAACAGGCGGCUACAAUCGAGUAAGAAAUACGAAGUCGAGUUGAAGUCGUUGUUUUUAAAAUUUACGAGCGAGGUUGUGGCUAAUGCAGGCUUAGGAAUCGAAGGUUUCUGUUUCGAGGAUGACGAAGUAAAAUCCAUGUUUACCAAUCUCGACAAUAACGAUUUCUUGGAUACGUUUUUAGUUGGGAUCAUCAUGCAUUUUCCCUUUCUUACCAAACUAUUGAAGAUAAAAUUCCUACCCCAGAAGCACGACAGAUUCUUCAGGACAGUGGUGAGGAAAAACUUAGAGCUGAGGAGGAGCGAUCCGAUACCCAGGAACGAUUUCAUCCAAUUAAUGAUCGACAUGGAGCAGACGGGAGAGAAGAUCGACGAGGAGAGUGUGGCGGCUCACGCGGUUUCCUUCUAUCUCGAUGGAGUCGAAACGUCCAGCGUCACGCUUAAUUUCAUUGGAUGUCAAUUGGCCAUUCACCAAGACGUGCAAGAAAAGUUGAGAAAGGAAGUGAGAUCGACGAUCGAGAAACACGGAGGCGUGUUAACGUUCGAGGCGAUAAAGGACAUGACGUACAUGAAUCAAGUGAUCAACGAAUCCCAAAGAUGUUUCUCGGCUCUAGGUUUCCUGGGUAAAAUAUGCACGGACGAGUUCGAGUUGCAAGGCUCGGAUGGAUUGAAUUAUCGCGCGAAACCUGGCACCGAAAUAGUGAUACCGAUCUGUGGCUUGCACAAAGAUCCGAAAUACUGGGACAAUCCAGAGAUAUUCGAUCCGGAACGAUUCAGCGACGAGAAUAAGAAAAAUAUAGAAAAGAUGGCGUUCCUUCCUUUCGGCGAAGGGCCAAGAAUUUGCGUAGGAAUGAGAAUGGCUAUGCUGCAGAUGAAGAGUUGUUUGGCUACAUUGAUGAAAGACUACAAACUCGAAGUUUCGCCGAAAAUGCAACUACCGUUGAGAUUAUCGCCGAAUUAUUUUCUAUCGGCGCCAUUAGGUGGUGGUUGGGUACUGAUUUCGGAAGCCUGAAGUUUUAUCGAAAAAUCAUACGUGCAAAGUUCGGAAUUAUUAUUACGAAUCUUUAUUACUUAUGUUCGGAGAAAUAAUGUUUGCGUAACAUUCUUACCGAUACAUUAUCUUCAAGAGAUAAACGAUGAUAAAAUUUUGCUGUUAUUUUUCACUUCAUUUCAAUCGAAUCUUGUUAGAGCGGAAUAUAUUUGUUGUUAACGAAUCGAUAGAAAAAAAAUAUAUAUUUAUAUAUACGAUUCUUUGAUUUCAAUUGAUCGUCUCCGUUACGUAAUAAAUAAAAAGCAGAUAAAUAAAUGAAAAGAAAAGAAGGAGAUGAAUAGCGUUUAUGGGAGUAUGCCGAGUGCAGUUCUAUCUCACGUGUCUCAGAAUGUAGGGAACGAGUUUCCUGAGUGGUUUCCCGUGUUCACUAUUUCUAUGUACACAUAACUGCGUCAAAUACUUGUGUGUGUGUGUGUGUGUGUGUGUGUGUGUGUAUACACGUUUUAUAUUUUUUAUGUAUAUCGUAUCGUUUAUAACGUAUGUGGAAAGAAACGAUAAACUGGUGAUGCAAGGCUCGUGCGUUUUCGAUAAAUAAAAAAAUAUAUAAUUCGUUACAGAUCCACGGUCCAUCGUUCGUGAUGCAACUACAAAGAGAAGACGCGAUGAUAUAAACGAUGAAAUAAUAAAACAUUUGCAAAAAUUACAUAAAUUUAUUCACACCGGUUUGGAUAGAUCGGAAAAUUAAUUAGUUACAAAGUUCAAUAAUGGACGCUCUGUAUUUCGAAAUUACCUUCGCUAUGUAAAUAAUCGUAAUUAAUUCCCCGUUCUCGAUAUCAGAUAUUACGUUCUUUUAACUAUUAAACUCGGUGUAUAAACUCGAUGUUUAUCGGUUUACGAGGCAAUUAGAUAACAAUCAAUUUUCCAAUUGUUUUAUCCGUGAUAAGUAUGGCUGAUUAUAUAUAUUUGAACAUAAAUUGUAUACUUCCUCCUAUGUUCUCUAACCGUUCACGUUCUUGAUCGACAUCACCUAUUCUUUCGUUACCCCUUAUCAUUUCUUUCUUAUCCCAGCCGAUUGGUUCCACUAUCAAGAGAAAGCGAAAAGAAGACGCGCGAAAAUGAUGCGUUCGUUCCGCGAACAUGUGUGUUCGAAGAAAAAAAGAAGAAGGAAACGGGGCGGGGGGGAUAAGAAGUGACGAUAAAGAAGAAAGAGGGUGGUUGGAGCGUGGUGGAUGAGGGGAAAGAGUUGUUCGCGUGGUAGUGCAUCUUUCUCUGAUUUCCCGUGGGAGAAAGUCGGCUCGCCGGCUUUCUUCUGCCGCGUAUCGAAGGUAGAAUCGAACGGAGAAGAUAGGUGGGAGGAUGGUGGAAGGAGUAGGUAGACACGGAGUCGUGUAACGCGCGUGUCCUCGCGGCGGCAUGAUUUAUUUUAUCGCUUUUCGAGAAGCUAGCAUAAUUCCACCCCACCGCCACCAGUUAUUUACUCCCUUCCAUCUUCGUAUGGAAGGACGAGCGGAAUGGAAUCGAGGACCCCGGCGAGGAAGGGAUCAACAGGUAUAGAGGGCGACCAGUAUCCCUCGGCUACGUCGAGAAGAACCGCCAUUCUUUAACGCGGGUGGAAAUAUCGUGUCUGGAUGUCGGACGUACAACGAAGAAUUGUGUAAGAAUUCACAAGGAGUUUUUUAUUCAUCGGGAGAGGAACGAGAGGGUAAAAUUUUGGGGAAACUGAUGGUUAAACAUCUCGCGUAUAAACGGGCGACAACUCGGAAUGGAAGAGGCGAGGCGGAAGUUGGAUUUGAUUUAAUUAAAACGGGCAGCGAUAACAGCGAUGCAGUAAAUUGAAAAUUACGGAGCGAACUAAUCCUCUUAAAUGGAAUAUUACCAGCGGAAUACCCGACGAAUUCGAUUGUUUUUGACUGGAGCUACGGCAAUAAAUCAAACCUCUUCAAUAGACAUUCAA